AUGAAGAAUCAGGCUCUUGUCUUUGCUAUCUUUCUCGUUCUCCUUCCAAGAAUUGUUGCAGAUGAUGAGGACAUUUGUGGGAAGGUGGAGUGUGGGAAGGGAACCUGCAAAUCUCCAGCGGCUAAUAUGGCAGGCUUUGUGUGCGAGUGCGACCGUGGAUGGAGUCAGCUUCAUUUUGGCAAUCAUUUUCGAUUUCUCCCCUGCAACAUCCCUGAUUGUGAUUUCAACUUCUCUUGUUACAAUGUCUCUUUUGAUCAGUCCAUGCCUCCAUUUCCAAACAGCAGCAGUACAGGCAACAACAUCUUUGAUCCUUGCUUCUGGUCUUACUGUGGAGAUGGCGACUGUGAGAGGAUAUCCCCCUUUGCUCAUAAGUGCGUAUGCAAAGAGGGGUUUAGUAAUCUUCUUAACAUCUCCAGUUUCCCAUGCAUCAAAGAAUGUGUGUUAGUGGCCGAUUGCGAUAAUUUGGGGAUUUCUUUGACAAACACAACGUCAUCUUCUCCUAAGCUUGCUGCGAAUCAUGCAGAAGGUUCAGUUUCUGCAACAAGUCUGCUGUGGUUGUUGCUUGUUUUGGUAACAGUUCUAAUGGCAAGUCAAGCUUAG